GCUAUCCGCUGUGCCAUGGGGCGCACUGUGUUCCGCGCCAUCUUUAUGGAUGUUGGUAUGCCAAUCGUUGAUGGCGAUGAGGCUACCCGUAUGAUCAAGUCCACAUUUAAUGCGAACCGCGAUACGCCGAUCAUUGCCAUGGCCGCGUAUGACGACGAGGCCACUGAUAUCCUGUAUGACAAGGACCAUCGUCAAGCCCAUUCACUGGGCUGCAGAUCAAGCACGCUCUGGCGCCGCACCACAACAAGAAGUGAGACUUCGUUUGAUGUUUGUCCUGGCUGGUGCGCAACUGCAUCUGCCGUCUAUAACACAUAUCUGCCGGGGUGGUCAUUCUCUAGAUAGUCGAUCUCGUCUUGCGGCAUUCCAGAUAUAUCGAGCGGAUUGGUUUCUUUCUGCCUGUUACGAACAGAGAUUAUAUA